GCUCGCAUGAUCACUUGGACACAUCUGAAGAUUCACGAUUAACACUGCGUACCACUGUUGUGGAUUCUCAUUCUGCUCGUGAUAUUUCUUUAAAGAUCUGAUGCACCAAAUUCCUCAAUCUCCAAAACCAUAGACGAUUUUAGUGUAUACAUACUUCAAAACAAACACGAGCUGUUUAAUAGUCCAACAGACCCCCAUUUACAUUUUUGAGUAAGUAAACAAGGAAUGUUUUUAAGUAAGCAAAAGCAUACCCGAUGCGCAUAUCACGAACUCGUCUGAGGUACAUACGUCUACGUGCAAGUCAAUACAGACCAUGUUUCUAGCUGAAAACAGACUAUCCCAAAUUAAACAUCGAAAAAUUCAAUCAAGAACAUGAACAAGACCAAGAAAUAAUAUUCGUAAUCACCUACUGCUACUUCAUAACUACCUUACAACCCAGAACAACAUAAGACUAAGAGAAGAUGACAUCCUUAUCCGACCCGUUGCCAAUGGAGCAUGCGGGAGGGAGCAUGUCUAGCACGGCUCCCUUUCAUUCUAGUGGUGGUGCCACGCCCUCAAGCAUGCCAACCUACACCGCCUCUCAAUUCAGCAGUCAUACAAAAGCCGAAUGCCCAUACUUAAGGCUAGUUCUUCACUAUCCCGUGUGGAAUAUGCCGAGUGGCGUCCUUUGCGUUGAUCAUCUAAAGAGUAAAUGAAGCGAGACGCGGGGCAUUUCAGCACUCAACCACGGAUAGUGAAAAACUAAGCGCUAACAUACCACGUAAACAAAGGCAGACUAGGGGAGCAGAUGGAUACAAUAGAGGCGCACAAUCUGAUGUACAACAAGCCGACAUUAGAUGGACCAGGAACGUCAGGUAGUUGUUGGGAUUUGAGGAAGUGAUAAAAUCCCAUUUUCUUCAUCUUUUCUAAGUAUGAUUAGAUUAAGUUUAAGAGAUCUUCUUCUUCAACUACAUAGGUCCAGAUCAUUAUUACAAAGUUAGAUCAUUUUUACCACCUCCACCAGUGACCUUAACCUUGUUUUGCCUUCAAUCCCGAUGUCAUAAAGGUAUAUUCUCGCGAUUCGAAGCCAGGCCACAGAGGAAACCUAGUAGCAAAAUGAUCCUAAGGCAUCUCCCAUCAGCAACUCCAGAAUACACAGUGUACAACUACCUGCAGCCGAGUGGACUGAACGAUGGCGAAGCACCACCGAAUUAUCAUCCUGCGUAUCCACAAGAUUCUUGAUUUUUGGAUGCAGGCUGUUAAAUCUACAUGACACACUUGCUUCUACUCAGAUGAAACAGUACUCGGUUCGGAUACUCAUUCAUACUUCCAGACAACUUGUUGGUAGUACCCAUUCUUGUAUUUGUUUGUUGUUGUUGUUGUUGUUGUUGUUGUUCUAGAUGCUGCGCUCUCGUCGCCGUGGUUCAGCAAUCCUCGCACGCCGACGCUGUUGUGGCCGGACACGCCACGGGUCGUCUGAUGAUGACCCGAUGUAGUAGAUCAGGAAUAAGUUAUAAAUCCAAUUAUCACCCGCACGCGCACCCUCUCUUUAUUCCUCAGACCCGACAUCCGGCAAACCCGAUUUCAUCGAGGGUUCCAUAGACGACACCAGAGCGACAUCCGACAAGAUGCGCCACGAAUCCAGCGAGAACGGGAUAUAAGGGACGGCAAAGAUAGCACUGACCAAAGGACUGUCGAAGGAUGGGACAACUACACGAAGGAUUACACGUUUAAUCUGCUGAGUGGGGAAGGUAGUUGACUGUUCAAGUAAUAUGGUGUGAUAAUUUAGUAUUGUCGUGAAAUCAAGUAAUUGUGAAGUAUCAUGGCAUCGGAAUGAUUGACAAGGUCAAAAAGUGAUCAUAUGCGUUAGAGAGUUCCUAAACUUGUACUUGAGCUGCUUGUACUUCGCCUCCAACUAACUCAUACCCUUCACCUACAGGCAAAGGCCGCGACGCAGAGUUCAAAGCUAUUGGGAAAAGAGUCGUGAAUCCAAUGCACGACUACUCGGUGUACGAUGAGCACGACAAGGAUCAGAGGAAUAGACUCAGGCAGGGGAUGAACCGCUUUUUUGAGUACCCCCCACCAAAUACUAGUGCCAACCGCCAUGCGCAACUCGUCUCGCAGGGUUUCUUGAAUUCGAAACCGGAGAACGUCAUUAUCGGGUACUCAUACUGCUUCAUUCUUGUCCGUCGGAGAUCCUCGUGUACUAUUUUUUGUACUUUUGCAUUUUGUACUUUUGCAUUUAUAGCCAAUCUCAAUGAUAGUUAGUACCUAUUCGUGUUGCCUCGCAGUUGCAGCUCCUUUGCACCCUUCAUCUUCAUCAUCCACGACCUCACGCAUGCUCCAUCUGCAUCACCUCCUUCCACCACCAGGUAUAGCCACGACGCAGCUCCGCGCUUGAAGAUGAGAAGUCAAGGCGUCGCGGAUAACUUCUCGCAUCUCCAGGACGCUUCUGGGGUCAGGGUAUUUGCGCCAGUGAGGGAACGCAACAAGUCCCAAAUUGUAUUCGGGUAGGAAAUUUUGCUGUUUUUAAUCAUAGGCUUCGACGUUAUUUGUUAAGAGAAUGAAAAAGUUACAUUAAAACACACCCAAGAACACACCAGACACACAUAUCAUAAGUUCAUAAGUACAAGUAGCCAAUACCAAAUCACAAUCUUCUAGUAUUCAUCUCCAUCGUGCAUGAUUUCUCAGACUAAAAAGUAGUAGAAGUAAGUAAAAGUAUCUAGAUUUGACGUAUGUCACAAUCACAGCCACAUCAUCAAGUACAAUUCAAGUAGUAAGUUCAUAUGAGGAACGUACGAUGAGCUUGUUGAGCUUGACCUUGAGGCAUCAUGAUCUUAUAAUUCAGAAGUAGAUCAUAAGAUGAUCGUCGUUCCUCUAGUAGUACAAGUAUUUCUGAACCGAUGCCGAUACUGAGCAAAGGAUUCAAUCAUAAUGCAGUGAACGUAUGAAAUUCUAUUUCUACUGUCAAUUCAAUGACCUCGUCCACUGCAUAUGCAUAAACCAAGAAUCACUAAGUCCUCAGACAAGAUACCAUGAUACUAAGCAUGCAUGAGAAAUCCCACACAACAUCAUGCUUAAUUGAGUAUAUCAAGCCCCAUAUAUUUUCUUUCGAUCAUUCUUACCAACGUCAACAACACUAAGAAGAUAAACUUCACUUCCACCACCGCUUGUAAGACUUUUUAGUCAACACAACUACACAUUCAGAUUCACUUCUGACUGCAGUCUUCAAUCAUUUUUGACCGUCAUGAUCUUGAUCAUGAAGAUGAUAGAUACAACCACUUCCAGCUUUGAUCUUCGAGGUGACUAGAACGAGG